AUGGUUCCCCUAAAGCGCAGACGGAAGGACGGAGGCGCUGCUCCGAUCGCGGGGGUCCAGGAGCGGGCUCCCGUGAACCGCUUCCCCGGCGUUGAGAUCUUUCUCCUGGAGCGCAGAAUGGGGUCGAGCCGGCGCGCCUUCCUCACGCAGCUGGCGCGGAGGAAAGGGUUCCGAGUGCAGGACACGCUCGGUGACAGUGUGACUCACCUGGUGUCUGAGAGUAACUCUGGGGACGAGGUGUGGGAGUGGCUGGACAGACAGACAGGGGGACAGAUGCCCGGCUCGCUGUCCCUGCUGGACAUCAGCUGGUUCACGGACAGCAUGGAGACAGGCAGGCCAGUGGAAAUCCUGGACAGACACAGGCUACAGGUGUCUGCACCCCGCUCCGAUCCAGAGGAACCCCGAAUUUCUGCAUACGCCUGUCAGAGGAGGACCCCCCUGGACCACCUCAACAAGAUCUUCACCGAUGCCUUGGAGGUCCUGGCGGAGAACGCGGAAUUCUCGGAGAGCGAGGGGCGUGGCCUGGCGUUCCGGAAGGCGGGGUCUGUCCUGCGGUCCCUCCCCUUCGCCGUGUCCAGGAUGGAGGAUCUGAGGGGGGUGCCCUGCCUCGGGGAACACUCCCGAAAAAUCAUCCAGGAGAUUCUGGAAGACGGGGUGUCAGGGGAGGUGGAGGGGGUCCUCCGGUCCGAACGCUACCGAGCCAUGAAGGCGUUGACAGGUGUCUUCGGGGUGGGGGUGAAGACAGCUGACCGCUGGGCGAGGGAGGGGCUUCGGACCCCCGGUGACCUCUUGACCUCUGGGCACAGACUGUCGAGAGAGCAGGAAGCAGGGGUGCGGUACUAUGAGGACCUGAACUGCCCGGUAACAAGGGCUGAGGCGGACGCCAUUGGUGAGAUUGUGAAGGAGGCGGUCCACAGCAUCCUGCCUGGGGCUCGAGUCACACUGACGGGAGGGUUCAGGAGGGGGAAGGAGGCGGGGCAUGAUGUGGACCUCCUGAUCACACACCCAGAGGAAGGGAAAGAGGAGGGGCUUCUGGGCAAGCUCACCAGCUGGUUGGACAGCCAGGGCGUGCUGCUGUACCAGCGUGUGAGUGAAGGCUCGGGCGGGCGGGGGAGGGAGUCUGGCCCCAUGGAUCACUUCCAUCGGAGUUUCUCAAUCCUCAAACUGGGAGAGCAGCCAGGAGCCCAGCCUGGGGCCUCGAGUGCCGACCAGACCCAGGAGGCAGCAGCCCCCCGCGGGCAGGGCGGGGCCCAGGGGAGGGGGUGGAGGGCGGUGCGAGUGGAUUUGGUGAUCUGUCCCUACAGCCAGUAUGCAUACGCCCUGCUGGGCUGGACCGGGUCACAGCAGUUUGAGAGGGACCUGCGUCGCUUUGCCAGUCAGGAGCGAGACAUGAGUCUGAACAGCCACGGACUGUACCAGCGAGAGCAGAACCGGUACCUGCCCGCUGCUUCGGAGGAGGAGAUCUUCACUCACCUGGGACUGGAGUUCAUCCCCCCGCCCCAGAGGAACGCCUGAGACCCCCCCCCCCCGCACCCCCACACAACACACAGACCCCCACCCCAGCCCAGCCCAGCCCAGCCCAGCCCAGUCACACAGCCCCCCCCUCACACACUGAGACCCCCAGCCCAGCCCAGCCCAGUCACACAGCCCCCCACACAACACACAGCCCCCCACACAACACACAGACCCCCAGCCCAGCCCAGCCCAGCCCAGCCCAGUCACACAGCCCCCCCCUCACACACUGAGACCCCCCCCGCCGCACCCCCACACAACACACAGACCCCCAGCCCAGCCCAGUCACACAGCCCCCCCCUCACACACUGAGACCCCCCCGCCGCACCCCCACACAACACACAGACCCCCAGCCCAGCCCAGCUCAGUCACACAGCCCCCCCCUCACACAA